AUGAUGCUGGAACUGCCAUCAGAGCCUUCCGGCCAAACUGAUCCUUCUCCAGCAACGCUCGAGACACCUGCAGAAUACACCACUCCACUUGCAGAGGAAGAGUUCCCAGCUGUCACCAAGAAGUCCAAGAAGGAUAAGAAGAAGAAGAAGGGUCUUGCUUCCGACACCCAAGAUGAGCCGCCAGCCACGCCGGAAGCGCGGCUCGUGGCAAAGGAGAUUGACCUAUUAGAUGCACCGCAGAUUUCUGAGCCAUCAACAACGCCUGCCGUCACGCCGGCCGCAGAGGAGCCAGAAUCCCAAGCCGUGGAGGAGGUGGCUACUACAACAGAGGCAGCGGCGAACACCGAGUCACCAGCCGUUGUAUCCGAGGCUCCCAUCUCUGAGAACCAAACGCCAACUACUGUUGAGGAAGAGCUUACCACCUCGAAGAAAUCGAAGAAGGAAAAGAAGAAGAGCAAGAAGGACACCGCGCAAGAUAUUUUGGAGGACUCUCCCGCUCCAGAGGCAGAAAGCACGCCUGAAUCGAUACCCACAUUGCAGGUGGAGGAAACUCGCGAAGAAGCCGUCGUUCCUGGUGACGAGGUGAUCGCCCAACUGAAGGACACCGCUGAAGAGCCCAUCGUCACGACUGAACUUCCCGAGCAGCAAAAGGAAGAAUCUACCAGAGUCGAGCCUGAGCAAGAAAAGGGCAUUGAAGAGACGGCGCCUCUAGAAUCGGAGCAGCCUAAGGUCGAGGAGGAUCCCUUCAAAGGCAUGAGCAACAAACAGAAGAAAAAGAAGAAAGCAGAGAUGGCAGCUGCCGCUGCCGCACAGGCCGUUGCUACUGAAGCCGCUGCUCAUUCGCCCACGCCUGCCGCCGAGGAACAAACCGCCGACUCCACGCCUGCUACUCUGGAGACCCCACCAGAGGCGCAGCCUACCGAGGAAACCGCUGCCGAGGAACCUUCUGCGCCAGAGCCGCAAACCGCAGAUGAAGUCAAGAGUGUGCCAGAGGUCACACCGGAGUUGACGAAGUCUGAAGAGGAUCCGUUCAAGGGUAUGAAUAAGAAGCAGAAGAAGAAGAAGAUGGCCGAGAUGAAGGCGGCCGCUGAAGCUGCUGAGGCUGCCGCCACUGUUGAGGCUGUCGAGAUCGAGAAGCCCACGGAAGACGAUGCUGCCGCUGAGAAGCUUGUCGAGGCGCACCCCGCAGAGGACUUGGUUGCUGAGAAAACGUCCACCGAGGAGGAGCUUACUGAGAAGGAGCCUGCCGAUGAGAAGUUUGCCAAUGAGAUCCCCAUCGAGACACAUUCCACAGACGACACGCCCGGACCGGAAACUACCACCGAGGACAUGACGCCUGUCGAAGAGAUGACUUCUGACAAGACUGCGAUCGAGACGCCGACCGAGGAGCAGUCCGCCGUGGAGCCCGAACGCGCGGCGGAACCAGAAGUUGUGUCAGAGGCAGUACCAGAGCCAGCCCAGGCAGACGAAGACCCUUUCAAGGGUAUGAACAAGAAACAAAAGAAGAAGAAGAUGGCCGAGAUGGCUGCCGCCGCCGAGGCUGCCGAAGCUGCCGCCGCAGGUGAGGCUGUCUCGGAGGCCCAACAAGUAUCUUCUGAGCCUGCUCCAGCCAAGCUCGUCGACGAGGAGCCUAUUGUUGAGGAGUCUGCUGCCAAGGAGACUCUAGCUGAGUCGAAGUCCGUGCCUGAACCGGAGUUCGAGCAGCCUGAAGUCGAAGAGGACCCUUUCGCUGGCCUGAGCAAAAAGGAAAAGAAGAAGAAAUUGGCUGCAAUGGCCGCCGCUGAGGCCGAAGAGAAAGCAGUUGAGCAGAUGGUCGGUGAGGACAAGGUUGCCGUUAAGAUACCUGCAGAUGUCGCUCUUGAAGAAACUCCUGCUGAAGCCUCGCCUGCCGAGGAGUCGACUCUUGCCGACAAACCCACCGACGAGAAGGCUGUUGAAGACGCGCCCGUCCCAGAGGCGCCCCAGGUCGAGGCUCAGGUCGAGGAGGACCCCUUCAAGGGCAUGAACAAGAAGCAGAAAAAGAAGAAGAUGGCUGAGAUGGCCGCUGCAGCAGAGUUGGCUGCAGCUGUUUCUGAGCCUGCCACCACUGAAGCUUCAAAAGUCCCUGAAGAAAAGCCCGAGGAGGUGGCGGUUGAGCACAAUAUCGUUGAGGAGACUCCUACAGAGGCAGCUGCCGAAGAGAAGCCCAUCGACAAAUCCGAGUCGGCAUCACCCGUCGUCGAGGAGGACCCUUUCAAGGGCAUGAACAAGAAACAGAAGAAGAAGAAGAUGGCCGAAAUGGCAGGCGCAGCUACUGCUGCAGCCGCCGCCGGAGUCAUCGCAUCUGAAGUCAGGGAUGUCCACCACGACAAGGCUGCAGACGACAAGGCACACAUCUCAUCCGAGCAGCCACCCGCAUCUGAAGUAGAGACUGCCGCGACGUCUGAGGAUGCUCCUAGGGAUGCUAGUCCUGAGCUUCCUGAGGUGAAGGAGGCGUCAGAAAAGUCUGAGAGCCAGGUCGAUACUUCCGCAAUUCCGGAUGUCAAUGUCGAUGACGAGUUCCCGAUGGUCGAGAAGAAGGCGAAGAAGGACAAGAAGAAGAAGGGCAAGGCCUUGGAAAUCCUCGACUCCAACCCCUCGACUGAGACGAGCGCCCAAGCAAGCGAACCUGCCGCAGAGCCUUCUACCGAGGCUGUUGCCGAGACCGUCUCAAAGCUUCCGCUGAGCGAUCCUACUGUAGCCGCCGAACGCAAAGAUACCGCAGUAGAGGAGCCUUCUCCCUCAGUACCAAGUGCCACAAUGGACCAGUCUGCCGAUCAGUCGAUACAUCUCGAGAGCCCCGAAGCACCUAUCGAGGAGCCUGCCAAAGAGGCCAUCGAAGCGGUGGUAACAGACGAGCCUCACCUAGAUGCCGAUAUUGCUGCUGCCGCCCAGGAGUCUUCUAAAUCUGUGGAGGAGGAUUUCUCUCCGAAGCUGUCUAAGAAGGAUAAGAAAAAGAAGAAGAAGGGCAAGCUUCAGGAUGACUCGAGUCCCCACUCUGGAACGGCAACACCCGCCGCCUUGGAGCCUUCAGACCCCCUUGAUGCAUCUACUCCCGAUGUUCACGAAGCACCAGCCGCCGCUACCACUGAUAUUUCUGCACCUGACUCAACCGAAUUGACCAAAGAAACUUCGGUAGACAUCUUGGAACCCCAAGCAGAUGCCGUGACUGCAGACGCCAGAGAGACGGCAAAGGUGGGGAGCGAGCUCCCUUCUGUUACCAAUGAGGCCGAGGAGAGGCACUUGGCCAAUGCCGAGUUGCCGACCAUUGAUACAGAUGCCACUUCAGCCCCAGUUGCAGACUCUUCCACUGAGAUUCCCGCUGUGGCCCCCAUCGAGACCCCUGUUGAGGCUUCCUCCGAGAUUCCAAGCAUCGACGACGAGUCUCCAGCCUUCCAGAAGAAGUCAAAGAAGGACAAGAAAAAGAAGAAGGGCAAGACUCAGGACGACAUUGAGAUCACAUCGGGAGCUGUCACUCCAGCUGAUGCACUCGAAGCUGAGACGCACCAAAUGCAGUCGCCCGAUGUCUCUGUCGAGCCAGUCAAGACUCCUACAGAUGCCAACUUCCCCGAGGCUGAGCCAAUCUCCACCCCAAUUCAAGAGGUGGAGGACCGUUCAGUGGCGGAAAUACUCGCGCCAGCGCCCUUCGCUGAACCGAAGACUGCCAUCGAUCAAGAUACCAUCGCCAAGGACUCCCAGCUUCCAAUUGACGCACCAGUUGAGGAAGAAUGGCCCGAGAACGCGCCCGUCAAGAAAUCUAAGAAGGACAAAAAGAAAAAGAAGAAGUCCAUGGCCGAGGAAGAUUUCGAUCUUGCAUCUGGAACCGAGACACCGAUGGCGACCACCGUCGAAGACAACAAGGAGGAAGUAGCGCAUGUUGACGAUACUACGAAUACCGACAGGUCCCUGACCUCCGAUAACAAGAUGCUAUCAGAUAUCCCGCUUGCUAAGGCUUCAGUGGAAGCGCCACUUGAGGCUGACUUGGCACAAGCAUCAGCUCCAGAGGUAGCACAGCCUUCGUCAUCGCAGGAUGUCUCACAAGAACAGCUGGUGGCAGACACACAACAACCUUCUCCUGCACUCUUGGCCGAGAACCAGCCUGAGCCAUCAGCUUCUGUGAAAUCAAUCGAGCUUGAGCCCGAGAAGACUGCCGAAGAGACAGCGGCUGCCGAGGAGCCUUCAGAGUUCACGUUCAAGAAGUCUAAGAAAGACAAGAAGAAGAGGAAGUCUACAUUGACCGAGCUUGAAAACCCUACUCCAAUUGCUGAGGAGCCAGUGGCCACCUUGGAAAACACUACCACUGAUCCCGUCGAAAAGCCAGGCACCGCAGAACCCAUCUUGGAGAGCUCGGCCGUCGAGCCUGUGGAGGGAACGGCCCUGCCUGCUGAGGAGUCAGCCUCAGUGAUUCCGGAGACUGAGCCCGCAACUGUCCACUCCCAAGAUGCUCAGCCAAGACAUGUUGCAGAGUCAGACGUGCCAACGACCACUCUGGACCUUGAACCCAAGCCAAAAGGACUGGACAGCCAGUCUGAUGCUGCCCCUUUGACUGAGCAAGAAUCCAUCGCUCCCGUCGCAGUUGAGAGUUUGCCCGAGGGUGCUUUUGAUCAAGUCCGUUCAGUCGAAAGCUCCAACGUCGUGGCUGAGCCAGAGGCCGCAGCUCCUGCUGAUCUUGACGAUUCCAUGCCUGCGAAGAAGAGCAAAAAGGACAAGAAAAAAAAGAAGCGACAGAGCCUGGCAUUCGACGAUGUCGAACCCGAGUCGCCCCUGGCUCCUGGCACGGCAACACCUAAGCUUGAGUCGACGGAGCAGCAAGAAACCGAGCGAGCUUUAGAUCAACAGCCUCUUCCAGCGGAAGAUAUCUCGAGACACGAGGAUCAUGCUUCGAGCGACAAGCCGGCCUUCACAAGGGAUGAUCUCGCAACAGACAGAUCCUUCGAAUCCACUUCAUUCAGACAAUCUCCGAAGACAAGCUGGCUGCUGAACCUACGCCGCAGCAGGUUGUCGGUGACGAGACGAUCUCAGUUGAUCAGGUGGAUGACGUCUUGCCUAGCGCUCCAAUGGAUGUGUCUGAACAGGACGAUAAGCACGCCGUAG